AUGCAGAGCGUCAAUGACCUGCUUCCGACGCUUAUUGCGCAGAGCAUGGUGUAUAUUCGAUGUGUUAGCAAACAUUGGCACAACUUCCCCGCCCGUGUCUCAAUAACAAGGUAUGAGAGAUCUCACCGUGCACUAUCUUCCAACCGCCCCAAAACUGCCCUUCAGAAACAUCGUCGCAAACCCCUUCACUCCAUUAUCUCUCGCCCCCUUAUACGGUGGGUAAAAGAUAUCCGUCAUUCCUUCGCCAAUCCCAAAAGCAAAGGACUUCAGCUCCAGUCAUUGUUCGAAACUUUCCAGUCCUUGUCUUGGCCGUAA